CUUGUUUGUUUAUCAAUAUCGCAGCUCUGUCAAAGUGGUGGCCGCGCAAUCGUCGCAGCGCAAGUUGUGCAUUAUAUUUUGUUUACCCCUUACAAUUUGGCUUGGUGCAAUUGGCGCUAAUCAGCAGUGAACGCAUCCGCCACAGUGUACGCUACAGAAUGCCACCGAAAAGAAAGUCCACCACCGACGAGGAAGACGAUGAGUAUCGUCGCAAGCGGGACCGUAACAAUCAGGCCGUCAAGCGCAGCCGGGUAAAGUCUAAAAUGAAGACAGAAGAGACGCAGCAGCGUGUGAACGAUUUGCGGCUCAAGAACCAGCUGCUGGAAGACAAAAUUGACAACCAGAAGAAGGAGCUGAAAUUUCUGAAGGAGCUGUUCAUCACACAGGCGCAAGCCAAGGCGGACAAGCUUGUCGGUAUCAAUCUGAACGAGCUGCUCCAGGACGAUGAUAACGACGAUAACGACGAAGACGAAGGGGAGCCCAGCAAAAAACGCGCCAAGGAACAGUCGAAGGGGGAGGGUAGUAGUAAGAGCAGAUCGCGAAGGUAAAAGAGUUAAGCGGGUGUCCGGGAGUUGGAGUUAACUUUUCCGGAAGUCACAUGCACCCUCUACACGGUGGACAUCGAUUGUUUUUUGGGUGGAUAAUUUGUGAACGAUCCUCGUAAACAAAGUCCUGAAGGUGGGUGUAGUGUGGGGUGUACUGUGCGACAGUAUUUACAAAUCGGUAAUACGGCGUGUGAGUGUGUGUGUGUGUGUAGUCUAAGUACAUUGACCUGAAACGUAAUGUACAAAUGUGCUUAGAAAAGUGGAAUGUUAGGCGCGCAGUGCGUGUGUAUCAACCCAAGUGCGCCCAUGGAUGGCUCGCGCAGCCAAGAAACACGCCUGAAGAUAGGCUCGUACGGUGCGAAAGGGUUGAAGAGAAUGUGUUUGUAAAUAAGCGCUGGGCUGUCAGCGGGGCCGUGUGGCCUAAUGGAGAAGGCGUCGGACUUCGGAUCCGAAGAUUGCAGGUUCGAGUCCUGUCACGGUCGCACACUGGGAAUCUUUUUUUGUUUUUACUUUUUGUUACUUCCUUCGUAAGUGUUCGUCGACAUGCGUGUUACUA